AUGCGUCGUUAUAAUCAAAAUAACGAGUAUAGAAACUAUUCUUUUCUACAUUCAUCAAAUUCAUUAUCUUCACGAAAUGCUCAUUAUCAAUAUUAUGAUCGUCGUUUACGUACUCGACAAGGUUCGUAUUCAUAUGCAACACCCAUUCUCACACAUUCUACACCACGUACUACACAACAUCAAGAUCAAUCAUCAACAGCAAUUUCGAAUUUAGCUGAACCAACAUCAGUAGUUAACAAUCAUGAACUUUCUAAAUAUCAUCGAUCUUCAGUGACAUCACUUCCAAUAAUAUAUAAACCACCAAAUCUAAGUCGACAAUCAUCAAUCAAUGAUGAACGUCUUGCUACAACUAGUGUUAUGCGUGAACAUUUAUUAAAAGAUAUUCAACAAAAUAUCAGUGAAAUUGAUCAAGAAUUAUCUUUAUUAAAAAGACGACCUUCAAUUUCACAUUAUGUUUCACCUCGUCUUGCGCCUAUAGUAGAUGUACGACAAAUGUCAAGUGGCAAUAAGAUUCCUUUACCUAAUGAUGAAAAACAAAUUUGGCCAAAUAAACCGAAAAGAAUUUAUCAAGUUGUUCCACGUAUAACAAGUGAAACAAAAAUAACAUCACAACAAUCAACACCAAAAUUAUCUAAACAAAUGUCUUCAAAUUUAUUUGUUGGUCAAUAUCAUUAUGGACCUGAAAUAGAUGAAAUUGAAAUUCGUGAAAAUGAUCCUGAAAAUUCUGAUCUUAAAUCAACAUUUGAUGAAAUAUCUCAAUUUAAUUUUCAUGAAACUUUUUCUCUUAAUCAAUUUCGUCGUCAACAAUCUGAUUUACCAAAAAAUCGUGCAUUAAUUUUAGUUCCACAAUAUGUUGAUAAUUAUAACAUUAGAACUAAUGAAUCAACAGACGAUCUUCAUCAAAAUAAUCCAAUUGAUACAAAUUUUGCUCGAUCAUUAACUGUUACAUCUUUACAUGAUCUAACAUCAUCUAGUAAAUUAAAUAUUAAAGAUUUUCCAUUACUUAUUCAAACUGCACCUGAAUCUAAACAACUUCAAAUUUCAUCUGAAAACAUUGUCAACUCUCAUGAAUUAUCCAAUCCAGUAGAAUCAAAUUUAACUAAUACAAUACUUUCUAAACCUAUUAAACAUUCUCGUCUAUCAAUAAGAGCUCAAGAAACACCUUCGCUUUGUUCACAAACAAUGAAAAAUCCAGACAAUGAUAAUACAGAUUUUGAUAUGAAUUAUUUUUUUAGUGAUUUUGGAAAUGAAUAUGAAGGUGAAGAAGAUCUUAUAUCAAUUGAUCCUUAUCAUUUUGCUCCACCAACUGCAUCGGAAAUUAUUCCUGAUGAUAAUAGAAGUACUAAUACUUUAAUUCGACAAUCUCAAACAUCACUACCAAAUUCUCAUGCAUCACAACAAGAAAAUAAUAACCAAUAUGUUAAAGAAACAGAAAAGAAAAAAAUCGAUGCAUCGACGAAACACAUUGUUACUUCAAUUUCAACAUCACCAUCAACGAAAAUGCUUCCAAUUUCAAUUGAUGACGACAUACAAACUCAGUCUGUUAGAAAUAACAAUAAUAGUAACGAAAAUCAACCAGAAACAUUAAUAACAUCGUUAAACAUGAAUAUAAAUGAACAAUCAUUAGAAAAUACAUUAAAUAAUUUAUCAACUAAUUUUCAUUCAUCUUUAUCAAAGUCUAAUCAAAAAAUAACGAAUAAAACUACUUCAAAAAAUACAAGUCCUACUGAUUCAAGGCCAAUGUCAAUGAAUAAUAAAUCUCAUUUAAGUCGACAACGAUCUACUUCUUUACAUCAUUCAUCUAAAAAUCCAUCAAUGAAUAUUAUUUCUCGAGAACAAUCAUUUACAUCUAAUCCUGAUAUUACUCAAACAUCAAUAAAACAAACAGAACAUGUCCUUGAUAAUAAACAACAAACAUCAAAUGAAUCACGUCGUAAUUCACCAAUUCCUGUUGUGCGUUAUUCACCUGAUCCUGAUAAUUUUCCAGUAUCAUCAUCAAGAGCAGCAUCACCUGAAAGAAGCAAUUCAAUUUCUUCACUUAAUCAAAAUAUACUUUUUACAUCAACAGAUAUUAUUAAUCUCGAUGAUGCAAAUACUACAGAAAAUCUUCAAACUGUAUCUUCUCAACAACCAAAUAUAGAACAUGAAGAACUUAAUCCUUCAAGAAAUUCUGUAUUAUUACAAGAAAUUCAAUCAAAUGAAAAUCAACAUCAUUCACCAUCUUUAUCAAUACAUGAACAAGAAAAUAAUCAAUUAAAAUCAGUUUCACCAUUAACUAUUGAAACAAAAGAAAUUGAAGAUGAUAAUUUACAUUUACCAAUUCUUUCUUCUCGUCAUAGUGAUGUAUCUGGUACUAAUCUAACAUCUAUCGAACAAGAAGAUACAUUGAGACAAACAAUAUCUCCCGAUUAUAUUAAUAAUCAAGUCGAAAAAUCAGCAUCACCAUUAUUAGAACCAAAAGUAACUAUUGAAGAUCAUUCUAAACAUGAAGAUCGACAUUCAUUGUCUCCAACGCUUGAAGAAGAAAUUUUCCCACCAAUUACAGCAAGUCAACGACGUUCAAAAUUAUCUCUUUUAGUACGUCGACCAAAACAACGACAAAAAAAAUCUAUUCAUGAUCAAUUAGCACAGACACAUACAACAGAUUCAUCUUCAACAAAUACAAAUCAAAAAUCCAAACAAGAACAUCAUGUAUCAAAUUCUGAUAAUGUUUCACAUUUUCAAAUAAAAGAAUAUCAUCCAUUAAAAAAUUGGCGUGAACGUAUUAAUAGUAUUUUAACAAAAAAACAUUCAUCGAAUGAUAAAUAUUCACAUGUAAGAUCACGUGUUAAUUCAUUUGCUAAUUUUGAAUAUCAACCAAAAAAAUUGAUAAUUUUAUCAAAGAUAAAAUCAUAUAAAAAAAAAUUUUCUAAUCAUCAAAUUGAUAUUAAAGAAGAUCAAUUAAAAAAAAAUAGAAAACAAUCUCAACAACAAAUUCCUCCAACAUUGCCACCACAAUUAUUCGGACGACUUUGGUGUCCACCUGAUGGACGUCCAAAAAUUUUUCAUGAAACACUUCAAUGGAAUGUACAAUCAAAAAUUAAAUCCUAUUCAUAUGAAAAUCUUCAUCAUAAACCACAUCAAAAUCAUUUUAAAAUCUUUGAUAAAAAACCUAAAUGGCAUAGUGAAUCCAAAUUACCACAAAUUAUAAAAAUUAAUCCACAUCGUCAAAUUCUUAUGGAAACUAUUUCAUUAUUAUCAAAUCUUGAUGACAAUAAUCUAUAUACUAAUGAUCAAGAAUCUGAAAUUAAAACAAAGAUUUUCGAUAUAAAUUCUCAUCAUCAACAACAACAAAAUUAUUCGGAUAAUAUAUCGUUUGAUUCACAACAAUCUACAAAAUUAAUUUUUCAUAAAAAACUUCUAUGGAGAAAAAAAUCUAAAUUAAAAGAUACAAUCUGGGAAAAUAAAGAUUAUCAACCAAAACAAUCUCAAAUUAAAAUUUUUCAUCAUGCAGUUCAUUGGAAAAAAGAAUCUAAACUACGUAUUACUCGUUUAAUAAAUUGGGAUAUACAAAAAAAAACAAAACAUUGGUCAGACAUAGAUCUACCUCAAGUAACAAAAAACAAAGCACUUUUUGCUCAAUAUUAUGAACCAAAAUGGAAUGAUAUUAUUAAUACAACAAAUAAAAUUGAUUCUUUAAUAGAAGAACAAGAAGAAGAAUUAAAAUUAAACGAUCAUAUCGAAGAAAAUUUCAAUGAUGGAUUACAAAACAAAACUCAAGUACAGAAGAACGAGAAAAUGGCUUUUGAUCUACGUUUUUCAACUAUUUUCUUAUCUCAAUUUCGACCUGUAAAUUCUCCAGCAAAUCGACCGAAAUGGAAUUCUGUAAGUAAAACACGAAGUGUUAAUUUAAUCUACAAUCCAAAAAUAUCAAAUGCAAAUUCGAUUCGAAGAGGAUGGGAUUUUGAACUUCGACGAAAACGAGUUCAUAAAUUACCACCACUUAAACGAAAAAGAGAUCAUAAUAAACUACCACAAUUAUCUAUUGAAGGUCCAUCAUCAAAUGAUCAAUUAGCUAUUGAGUAUCAUUAUGAUCCUUCUUUGACAACGCAUGAACAUAGAACAAGUAUUGAUUAUGCAACAAUAUUAUCAAGACCAUCGUCUAAAGCACUUGUUCCAUUACGACAUAUUCCGAGUCUUGAAUUAACAUCUGAAACACCACGAUCUCAACGACCAAUUCAACAAGAAUGGUAUGAUGAAUUAAACAAAUCUCGUUUAACGCAUAGAACGGAUAUGGGACGAAUAACACAUAAUUCAUUUCGAGAUUCAAUUGGUUCUAUUCAUCGAACAAAUACACCACGUGAACUUUUAACAUUUCGUUCAUCAACACGAAAUAGUCAAAAUAGUGUAAUGAGUGGUACAUUACUUGAUUCAUCUAUUCGAACUAAUCGAGCAACAGAACUUCGUUUGUCACGAGACAUGGAUGAACAUCAUCAACAUUCACAUGAUCCAUCUCAAUCGAUGCCAAUUGAAAUACGAGGUUUUCGACUUGAAGGUACACAAUUAACUGUACCUGAUAAUGCAACAAUUCGUCCAUUAUCAAAUAUUAAUUAUCAAGCAAGUGAACGAGUAAAACAUCGUCGUAUAUUUCCAUGGAGUACUUUACAUCCACAUGGAACAUCAAGUCGAAAUAGUUCACUUGUACCUAUUGCAGAAUAUCGACAUCCAUCAUUUCAAACGUCUCUAAUAGAAGUUCCACAAUUGGUUCAAGAAGAAUAA